AUGCAGUUUGUGUCAACACGGCCGCAGCCUCAGCAGCUGGGCAUCCAGGGCCUGGGGCUGGACAGCGGGAGCUGGAGCUGGGCGCAGGCCCUGCCCCCGGAGGAGGUCUGCCACCAGGAGCCGGCGCUGCGCGGGGAAAUGGCCGAGGGAAUGCCGCCCAUGCAGGCUCAGGAAUGGGACAUGGAUGCCCGGCGACCGAUGCCUUUCCAGUUCCCGCCCUUCCCAGAUCGGGCCCCCGUCUUCCCCGACCGCAUGAUGCGAGAGCCCCAGCUGCCCACGGCGGAGAUCUCGCUCUGGACCGUGGUGGCCGCCAUCCAGGCUGUGGAGAGGAAGGUGGACGCCCAGGCCAGCCAGCUGCUCAACCUGGAGGGGCGGACGGGGACAGCCGAGAAGAAGCUGGCUGACUGUGAGAAGACGGCCGUGGAGUUCGGGAACCACAUGGAGGGCAAGUGGGCCGUGCUGGGGACCCUGCUCCAGGAGUACGGGCUGCUGCAGAGGCGGCUGGAGAACAUGGAGAACCUACUGAGGAACAGGAACUUCUGGGUCCUGCGGCUGCCCCCGGGCAGCAAGGGCGAGGUCCCCAAGGUUCCAGUGACUUUUGUGGACAUUGCUGUUUACUUCUCCGAGGACGAGUGGAAGAACCUGGACGAAUGGCAGAAGGAGCUUUACAACAACCUGGUUAAGGAGAACUACAAAACCCUGAUAUCCCUGGACUCGGAGGGACCCGUGUCCAAGCCGGAAGCCCCAUCUCAGGCUGAGCCUCGGGAAGAGCCCUGCGUGUGGGAGCAGCGUGACCCAGAAGAGAGAGAGAUCCUCAUGGAUCCAGACACAGGAGCAGAGCCCCUGGGGCCAGCACCAGAUGCAUCCUCUCAGGUGAAGCGGGAGGAGGCCCUGUGCACCCGGGCUCAGCGGGGCCUGGAGGAGAGAGCCAUCCCCACGGAGUCCAUAACCGAUUCGCCGGCGUCCGCCCAGGAUCUCCUGUCCCGGAUCAAACAGGAGGAGCCCCCGUGCGUGUGGGACCAGCAGGACUUGGCGGAGAGGGACAUCCCAACGGACCCCAACUCAGAGUCUCUGAUCUCCGCCCACGACAUCUUGUCAUGGAUAAAGCAGGAGGAGCAGCCGUACCCGUGGGGCCCACGCGACUCCAUGGACGGGGAGCUCGGGUUAGACUCUGGCCCCGGUGACAGCCUACUGAUGGUGAAGAACCCGGCCCCGCCGCCGCCGCCGCCGCCGCCGCAGCCCGCGCCGCCCAGCCUGCCCCCGCUGCCGGCGCCCCCGGAGGACGCGGGCGGCCCCCCGAGCCGCGGCGGGGGCGCCCUGCUGGACGACAGCUUCCCGGCGCUGCCCGGGGAGCGCGGCGCGGGCGGCGAGGGCGGCGGGAGCGCGGGCGGCGGCGGCGCGGGCGCGGGGGCGGCGGGCGGGGGUCCGGGCGGGGGCUGCGGCAGCUGCUGCUCCCCGGCCGGCCUCCGGCGGAGCCUCCUCCUGCACGGCGGCGGCGGCGGCGGCGGCGGAGGCGGCGGCGGGGCUCGCAGCAAGCCCUAUGCGUGCCCGGAGUGCGGCAAGAGCUUCGGCGUGCGCAAGAGCCUGAUUAUCCACCACCGCAGCCACACCAAGGAGCGGCCGUACGAGUGCGCGGAGUGCGAGAAGAGCUUCAACUGCCACUCGGGCCUCAUCCGCCACCAGAUGACGCACCGCGGCGAGCGGCCCUACAAGUGCUCCGAGUGCGACAAGACCUACAGCCGCAAGGAGCACCUGCAGAACCACCAGCGGCUGCACACGGGCGAGCGGCCCUUCCAGUGCGCGCUGUGCGGCAAGAGCUUCAUCCGCAAGCAGAACCUGCUCAAGCACCAGCGCAUCCACACGGGCGAGCGGCCCUACACGUGCGGCGAGUGCGGCAAGAGCUUCCGCUACAAGGAGUCGCUCAAGGACCACCUGCGCGUGCACAGCGCCGGCGGCGGCGGCCCCGGCGGCGGCCCUGGUCUGGGCGCCCCGCGGCCCCUGCAGCCGCCGCCAGAGCGAGACUAG